AUGGUUGACUGGAAUGCCCAGAUCCGCGCACCAGACAUCACCCAUUACACCUGGAGUCACAGGAAGCUGGAAAAGCUGGAAGGAUCGGAGACCCUGCGUUGGCGGCCAGAUACGGGUCUGGUCACCUGCAUAGCCGGCUCCAUCGUCAACGGACACAGGCCAGCCGUUACGUCGGCUUUCAGGCUUGCGCAGGUCGCCGAACUGAAAUCUGACUUAAUUUUGCCGGCGUCCCCUCCUGAUCUACUGGGCCCUGCCAAUGUGCGCAUCACCUCAGACCUCCAUGGUACAAAAACAAGGGCUCCUGUCGGAUCGUCGCCUUUGAGACUUGAGAAUCAUCUUAGCCCGCGUGCCCAACCGUGGUCGGCCUGA